UUCAACUUCCGGCUGCAUCGUCCUCUGGAAAUCACAACAAUGGGCAGUGUUUUGGCUGCCAGCUCCCCCAACCCCCCGCCCCCUGCCUCAGGCGGUGUGGCCGCUGCCCCCGGGUUGACGGUGCCCCCAGGCUUUGGGAUGCCUCCAGUCUCCUCGGUCAUACCCCCCGAUGGGGCAGCCUCAGAGCAGGAGGACGAGAACUCUCUGUCCAACCCGGGGGCGUUCGAUGAGUGUCAUCGCAAGUGCAAAGAGGUGUUCCCGAUGCAGAUGGAGGGCGUCCGGCUAGUUGUCAACAAAGGCCUUAGCAACCACUUCCAGGUGAAUCACACGGUGCUGCUGAGCACCACCGGAGACUCCACCUACAGAUUCGGAUCCACAUACGUAGGGACAAAGCAGAUGGGUCCAGGAGAGUUUUUCCCUGUCAUGGUGGGAGACAUGGACAACAGCGGCAGUCUUAACGCUCAGAUCAUCCACCAGGUCGCCAGCAGAAUACGAUCCAAACUGGCCUUCCAGACGCAGCUAAACAAGUUUGUGAACUGGCAGGGAGAUGCAGAGAUUAAAGGAGAAGACUACACUGCCACCAUCACACUUGGAAACCCCGAUGUCCUCGUCGGCUCUGGGAUUCUUAUAGCGCACUACCUCCAGUCCAUCACGCCGGCCCUGGCUCUGGGUGGGGAGCUGGUGUACCACAGCAGGCCGGGGGAGGAGGGCUCAGUCAUGUCUUUAGUGGGCAGAUACACAGGAAGUAACUACAUCGCCACAUUGACCGUGGGCUCAGCAGGGGCUCACGCUUCAUACUAUCACAGAGCUAACGAGCAGUUGCAGCUGGGCGUGGAGUUGGAGGCCAGCACCCGCAUGCAGGACACCAGCGUGUCGUUCGGCUACCAGCUAGAUGUGCCUAAAGCCAAUUUACUGUUUAAAGGCUCAUUAGACAGUAACUGGGUGGUGGGGGCCACGUUAGAAAAGAAGCUGCUCCCCCUGCCCCUCUCUCUGGUCCUCUGCACCUUCCUCAACCACCGCAAGAACAAGUUCCAGUGCGGCUUCGGGGUCACCAUCGGUUAGACUCCGCCCACCGACAGACUCAGAGCGGACAGCAGCACCACCAUGUCCAUCUUUCAUCUGUCACUCCAUUCUGACAAUAUCGUGCUCUAAGUUUCAUCACAUGGUGAACAGAAGGUAAUUUAAAUCUGAUGCAUUUAAAACUGUACGAUUGAAUAAUGAUCAGAAGUGAAACAAAUAAUGUGAUUGGUCAGGAAUAUUUCGACUGUGGACUCCGGACACAAACCAAUAGACUGUAGAGGUGUUGUCACAUGGAGAGACAUCACAGAGCUCUUCGUUUUUGUCCCUGAGUUCAGUGCCUGUCGCUCUAGUCUUGAGUUUUAUUCCUGUUUUUUUACUGUUAGUCUGUUUUGGCGUGCGGUGAAUGAAAUCGUUGUGUUUGUUAAAAGGUGAUUUAUAAGUUUAGCAGCCAACAGGAGGGGGCGGUACUGCAUGUCACGUUCAAAAUCCAUCACUUGUUUUGCCUUUUUUAUGUUACUUACAUAUGGAACAGUAUAUAUGACCUGUAUAUACCUCUUGGAAACUGAUAAAUACCAUUUCUUACAGAAAA